AGAGAGAAUGGAUGAUCGGACUUCUUGGGCUGAAAAUGAUUUUUUUUUGUUCUUAUAAUUAGUGUUUAAAAUAUUUUUCAUUUUUUUCAUAUAUUAAUAAUUUGUAUUAUAUAAAAUUUGAAAUAUUCGUUCGUGCUCUUUUUUUUUUUUGUUUUUUUUCGUUUCUUCAGAUUUCAUCAAUGGCUACCUUAGGCUUACUGAAUGCAAAAGCUGAGCCGGCCACUUGCAACGCUCCAGCUCCGGCACAGGCAGUUAUCGAGGGAGCGGUUGCUGAAGGGGAGCGAUGUUCCACAAUACCAAGUUCGACCAAAGGUGGUCAGAUCAUUGCUAGUUCUUAUAGGCUUCGCAAAAGUCAUACGUUACUCGGACACUUGAUAUUUUCUUGAAGUACCGUCUCCGGCACUUGGAUAUAUUAUAUGAACUCAAAAGGAGCAUAAGGCUAGGGGAGCUGAGCUAUAUCGCCAAGCUAACAAUGUGAUUCACCGGCUGAUGUUUGAGCUACAGAUCAACUUCAUAGGCAAUGUUCAAAAAUCGCUCAUCUUGACUAAGGAACAGGUGACUAAGCUAGUGAUCGACUGGGACAUUGUUGAUCGGUUACCGAUGCUUAAGGAACAGAACUCCUUACAAAAUAUUGCACUAGAAUUGGAUGCUUCGGCACGAAACAAGGCUGAUGAAAAUGCAAUGAAACUAGCUGAAGAUCUGAAGAGGCUGAAUGAGGAACUGCACACUAGGAUUGUUUAUCUGGCUUGGCUAAAAGGCGAUUUUGAAUGUUGCCAAAUUCUGAUUGAUAAAUGGGAGUGGGAGACCAACAAGGAACAGUUUAUGGAGCUGGCUGAAGAUAUGAAGAGGCAGAAUGAGGAGUUUGACAAUAGGAUUGUUGAGAUGGAGCGGCUAAAAGGCAUCUUUGAAUGUUGGCUGUUAGAGAUUGAUGAGACCAAGGGAGGUCUUUUCAUUGCUGAGGACAAGGUGGAAAUCCAAAGGCAAAGGAUUAUGGAGGCUGAUGAAAAUGCAUUGAAACUUGCCUUUACCUUUAAGGGAUACCAUAUAUUUCCUUGUCGGUCUUCAAUUGGAUUAAUUGUAGAUAUGCAGGCUGAGGAGCUCCACAAUAGGGUUGUUGAGGUGGAGAGGCUGAAAGGCAUUGCCGAACAGGAGCUGGAGACUACCAAGGAACGUCUGUCCAUUGCUGAGGAUGAGUUGGAAAUCCAAAGGCAACGUACUAUGGAGGCCAAUGAAAAUGCAAUGAAACUUGCUCAAGAUCUGAAGAGGCAUAAUGAGGAGCUCCGCAAUAGGGUUGUUGAGGUGGAGCAGCUAAAAGGCAGUGCGGAACAGGAACUAGAGACCACCAAGGAACGUCUUUCCAUUGCUGAGGAACGCAUUAUGGUGGCCAAUGAAAAUGCAAUGAAACUUGUUGUAGAUCUGAAGAGGCAGAAUGAGGAGCUCCGCAAUAGGGUUGUUGAGGCAGAGCAGCUAAAAGGCAGUGCUGAACGAAAGCUAGAGACCACCAAGGGACAUCUAUCUGUUGCUGAGGGCAAGGUGCAACAUAUCACAGAGCAGAGCUUAGGUUAUUGCCAAGAAUUCGGGAUGCAUGCUUUAGCUGCGGUGCAGCUAGUCCAUGGUCCGCUGGACUUAAGUAUGAUAAACUUUAGGUUAAUCAAAGAACUGCCCGAGGGGUUCGACCCAAUCUGCCCAGAUGGUGUUGCUAUUGAGAGAUGGAAGCAGACAAUCAAUAUGGAUGAAGUGAUAAAUGUUACCCUUGGUCCUGUCGUUGAUGCCGCAGAUGUCACUGCUCUCGGACAUGAGGAGGAAUACAAGCAAUGCAAGGAGAAAUGUGCAACAAGACUUUCUUGUUCUCGUUCACCAUCUGCUAAGCGCUCGUCUCACCAACAUUUGGGCUGUAAAGAUAAAUUGCACGCAGAGGGUGCAAGAUCUUCAAAGAAGUGCCUCAGAAAAUGGUGAUGGAAGCUGAUAUUAGGACAAGUGUUGAGAAAAAAAAGAUGUAUAUGGAAAUGCGUGGUUUUGUUUGAUUGUUUUUGGUUAUGUUCCUGAUCCUGAUCAGUGAAUCCAAAAUGGGAGGGAAUGAAGAUAAAAUCUUUUGAAAAGCUGAAGAAAGGAAAUUACAAUGUCAAAGCAGAAUUGGUCCAAUUUCGGUUUUAAGUCAUUGUUUUGUUUAAACUUAGUAAGUUCACUUGGACCAUGACCUCAAAUGAACUAUUCCAGCUCAACAAAAACUAUAUACUGUAAAAGCUAAAAUUAUUUUCAGGGUAAAUUAUACGCGUCAUUUGGUUAUUAAAUUUUUUAAAAGUUUUUAUUUAAGUCA